AUGUCUAUGCAACAAGUUCAACACUGUGUUACUGAGGUAUUACGACUAGAUCCGCAGGAAAAACCAGAUUGGUCGAGUGGAUAUUUAAAGAAGUUGACUAAUGCGACGUCAAUUUUAUACAAUACCUCACUAAACAAAGUGAUGCUGAAACAAGAUGAAGAAGUAGCCAGAUGCCAUAUAUGUGCAUACAUAGCAUCGCAGAAGAUGAACGAGAAGUACAUGCCUGAUCUUUGUUAUUAUAUGGAUAGUAUCCCUUUAGAACCGAAAAAGGCCAAACACUUGAUGAAUCUUUUUAGACAAAGUUUAUCUAAUUCUUCGCCUAUGAAGCAAUUUGCUUGGACACCGAGUCCCAAAAAGAGUAGGCGUAGCCCUGUAAAGAACGGGGACAGGUUUACUUCUUCUGAUCCUGGGGAUUUGAGGAAACAGCUGUUUGGUACACCAACCAAAGUUAGUCAGAAUGACAAGAAUGAUCAAAUGACAAUACCAGAGCUACCGCCAAUGCAAACUGAAGAAUCACCUUCUAUCACAAGAAGAAAAUUAGCAUUCGAGGAGGAGGAAGAGGAGGAGGAGGAGGAGGAGGAAGAGACUCUAGGCAACGAAAGUUCUUCUCUGAAAAAUACUGAUAAAAAGGCCGUUAUUGAAGAUAAUGAUGUGGAUACAGAUGAUUAUGAAAACCAUGGCAGCGACUUUGUGAGCGAGGAAGAGACGUCAGAUGCUCAGGAAAGCAAGAGGAGGAAGACAAAAGUAAGUAAAAAAGUCAGAAAACCUCAAUCAGAAUUUAAAGCAGCCAAAGCUCUAAGGAAAAAAGGUAGAGUACCAAAUUCGUUGUUAACGAAAAAAUAUUGUAAAAUGUCCACAGAAGAAAUAAUACGACUAUGCAACGAUUUUGAGCUUCCCAGAGGAGUAGCAUAUCAAAUUGUGGAAGAGUAUAAUAUAAACGCAUCGAGGCUGGUUUGCCCAUGGCAAUUGGUAUGUGGCUUAGUAUUGAAUUGCACAUUUAUUGUGUUCAAUGAAAGAAGACACAAGGAUCCGCGUAUUGACCAUUUUAUAAUUAGUAAGAUGUGCGGUUUGAUGUCGACACCGAGAGUGGAUGAUGUGAUUGAGUGUGUUAAGCUGGUGAAAGAAUUAAUCAUUGGUGAAAAAUGGUUUAGAGAUCUGCAAAUCAAGUAUGAUGAUUUUGACGGUAUCAAGUACAAUGAAAUCAUUUUUAGAAAACUGGGAUCGAUGCUACAAACCACGAAUAUAUUGGUUACCGACGAUCAGUACAACAUUUGGAAGAGAAGAAUCGAAUUAGAUCUGGCAUUAAUAGAACCCUUAUAA